AUGGCGGAACCUCGCGUCAAGCUUGAAAUAGUUGACCACGCUUCUGCCGUUUCCAACCACAACGACAACAACUCUGCCAUCCCAUCUGCGCCUCAGUCUGCGCCAUCCGACGACACUUCAACCAUGGCUGCUACUACACCUGCACCUGGCGCCUUCAACACGUGUAACACCCAAGAUCAAGCUCGUCAAGAUAACGACCCACAGCUCGACCUCCUCGGUCGCCCUGUGCAAAAGCUUGUUCAGUUGAUCAAGGAUCUGGAACAGCUUGGAGUGGAGACACGCAACCUGCCUCUGCCGAAGAUCGUUGUUGUUGGCGAUCAGUCUGCUGGCAAGAGCUCGCUCAUCGAGGGCAUCAGCGGUAUCAAGGUCCCCCGUAGUGACGGCACAUGCACGAGAUGCCCUCUUGAGAUCACCCUGUUCUCUUCUGAAGACGCUGCUUGGUCUUGUAAGGUGUCGUUGCAACAGAGAUUCACCUUCGACUCGGAGGCCGAUCCCGACGGUCGCUAUGGCAAGUGGCGCGAAGAUCACGCUCCGACAACCAUUGACUUCGCCGUCGUACACAACAAGGAUGAGCUCGAGGGUGUUCUCAGCCGUGCUCAACGCGCUACGCUCAACCCUGGUGACAAUUUGUUCGAGUACCUCAACGCCUCUUCUGUCGACGACAUGCUGAUGAAGGUCGAGUUCUCGCCCAACAAGGUGGUUCUCGCCAUCACCGCACCCGGCCAACCCAGCCUGUCUUUUAUUGAUCUACCUGGAGUGAUCCGUCAAAUGACAACGGCUGCUGACAAGUGGCUUGUCAAGCUGGUCGAGAAUUUCGUUGCCGAUCAUAUCGAGCAAGGCAAUUCUCUUAUCCUGCUUGCUCGUUCGAUGGAGUCAGACUUUGCCAACUCAAGCGGAGCUGCAUUGAUCGACCAACACGACGGUGCUCUUGCACGUACGGUUGGUUGCCUUACUAAACCUGAUCGCUGGCCUGUCGGCAGUAAGACUCAGCUCAUCAAAAAUGUCCUCAAGGGUGAUGCAUUUGCUGUUGGCCAUGGAUACUUUGUUACCAAGCAGCCUAACCAACUUGAACUUAACAACAACAUCUCUGCCGACGAUGCACGCAGAUCGGAAGUCGAAUUCUUCGCUCAGGAUCCAUGGACUACAGAGCUACAUGAUUUCCAGGACCGUUUCGGAACUUUCAAGCUUCGCGACACUUUGUCAGUUAAGCUGACCAAGCAGAUUCUUGUCACCUUGCCUAGAAUCACUAGAAUGGUGGAUGCUCGCGUCGAAGAGGUUGAAACCGAACUCACUGGGUAUCCUGACCCGCCUGAGAAUGCCUUGGGCAAAGUGCUCGAGGCAUUGACUACCUUCCGUAUCACGGUCGAGAAGCACUCUCAAGGCGUUCAUCCUUACAACGAGAUGCACAAUUCCCUCAAGGAUCUGGCUAACACCUUCCACGCCAACCUGCAAGGGCUUCGCCCUGGCCUUGUCGUUGCAACCCCCGAGACAUUCCGUCAAGCUAUCGAAGCCCCGACUUUCUCUCUGCUUUCUGAUGACGACGAAGGAGGCGGUACUCCCUGUCCUAGCGUCGAACCGUCCAAGUCAAACAAGAAAAGAAGAGCCGAAUUCAACACACCUACCACUUCGACUGCAAAGAAGAUCAAGUCCGAUGUCGCUACACCUAGAAACAGUUCCGCUCCUACAACCAUGAAGAAGACGUUCCGCCUGCUUGAGGUUCGCGAAACUCUGAGCAAGCUUACGGCUUCGAGCGUUCCCGGCGGGGUUGACCCUCUCGCUGUCGACCAUCUUCGCAAACAAACUCUUGCCGGUUGGGCGCAGCCCAUGCUCGAAUUCAUCAACAGCGUUCACCAAGAGAUUCAGAGCACCUUGGACCAACUUCUCGAAGAGGCUUGUGCCCAAUGGCUCAACACCGCCUUCUUCAGCGAGGCCAGGAAGAUCGUUAAGGCUUUCGUGGUCAAUGCUAUGCGCGACCAACUGCAGCAAGCGAAGCGCGCUCUAGACUUGGAGCAGCGUAAGCCUCUGACCCUAAACACCGAGGGGUUCAAACACCAUCACGACAAAGAGCUGCAGAUCUUGCAAGACGGCCGUACUACUCAAAGAUUGGUCGAGAAACUGGAGAACGCCGACCGCGCCGCCGGCAAGAUCUUGGUCGACCAGACCGAGCGUAAAAAGAAGGCCAGGACUGAUGUCAAGGCCAGAGCCGAGCUCGGUGACGAUCCCUUUGCAGAGGAGAUCAAGGUCAUGGCCAAAGUCGGAGGCUACCACAAUGUCGCUCUCCUUCGCUUCUUGGACCAUGUCGUUCAGGGUAUUCAGGCCGAGGUUCUCCACGAACUCGAGACUAACCUAAUGCCACAGCUAAAGGCUGGCUUGGAGGUUGAGACUCGCGAUGCCCAGGAACGUUGCAAGGAGCUCUUGGCCGAGGACCGUGAGCGCGAGAUCCGUCGCAAGGAGCUGCAGAAGGAGAGAACCAACUUCAUCGAAGCUCAGCGCAAGCUCGCUGCCAUCGGUCUGAUUGGAGAGGACGUCGCUUCGCUGACUGGCAACUAA